UAAGGAUUGACUAUCAAUUGCUAGCUUGUUUGGGAAGAACUUAUCUGGUGACAGUUGGGUAGAUCACUCGUCAGAUUUGAAAACAAAUCUACGAUAUCUGCAUUUGUUCAAGGAAUCAACACGAUUGAGGCAAACGGAUAUCUCUUUUCUUGAGUGUAGGCUUGGGGACGUACGAAACGACGCUCGUAUCAUGCCGAGGAAGGUAGCAGUCCUUUUCUUAACCGUAGCUGUACUUGGAACUAUUGUGGUGACCUUUUACUCGUACUACAAUGGCGUACCGUCGAGACAGAUACUGCAUAUAUUUGACACGUUAGUGAAGAAUAACUAUUCUGAGAGCGAGACGAUGUACUUUCAUGUCAAAUACAGAAAGGCACAUAAUACAAAAGUGGGUGUUUCUGAGACAAACGAACCUUUUCAAGAACCAAACCAAAAAUGGACAAAGGAAGCAUCGAGUACUCCUUCACCAACAUCGAUGUUAAAGGGAAAAGGCGUCUCAUUGGAGAAAUUUAGGAAUACAAGGUACUUAAGGUUUAACAAGGCUGCGCCCUCGUGGUUUUCCCGAGAUGACGUAGAGAGAUUGAUAUUUCUGGCUACAGCGAAUAUUUCCCAUGUUCUGCCCCAUCCCCACGCGUCCCUGAGCCCCAUAGUGUUUGAUGACGAUCGCUACAAGACGCACCUAAUCUCUGACACCGAGCAGUGUGAAUCUCAGUGUGGCUUAUUAAAAAGUUCCUUGGACAUCUAUGAGGUGCUGUCGUUUCACCUAGACCGAGUUCUUGGACUGAACCGGACAUUGCCAGUCAUCGCCAGAAAAUUUCGUGGACUUUCCGAGCUAGGCUACCGCUUCCAGGACGGUAAGGCCCGUCCACUCAUCUGGUGGGACCCGGACAUCGCACAUGGGGGCAAGUUCCAGAAUGAUCAGAACUCUCUUGAGCUGAGCUGGGUGAACUACACGGCUGUUCUAAGGAACCGCUGCUGGGCUGACAGAACGACCCCUGACCCGGAACAAUUCUGCACCCCUAUCAAGCACAUUGAGUGGAGCAAGCUUGCUAUGUUUGACUUCCUACUGCAGGUCUUCGACCGCCUAGAUCGCAAUUGUUGCGGAUUCAAUGAGACGUUGGAAACCGAAGAGGAAGCAUGCUUUACAGAUGGCAGACACCUUGAGUGUGAAACACCGGAGGUGCUGAUGCUAGUGCAUAUGCUGACACGGAAUUCAGACCGGACUCGCCUCGUCUACAUUGAUAAUGCAGGGAGACCGUUUCGCUCCAGGAAAAACCUAGACUGGCGGUUACUACAAGGCAUAGAUGAGUUUCCGGAAGGCCCGGUUGUCCUGCUCCGGGACCCUUCCCGACUCCGGCGCCGCCUCUUACAGUCCUUGCACAUCGACAAGACUUUCUGGAAUUCCGUGGGGACGAAGACAAUACUGAAUGUGGUACAGAAUGUUGUCAACAGAGGACAGUUAUUAGUAAAGUACGUCGACGAGAACUAUAUCGCUGUAGUUCCAGAUUAUUAAAUAACUGCAUUGUUACCUCCAUGAAAUAUUCAUGUGGUAUAGUAGCGAUUGUCUGUCUGCCUGUCUGUGAACCAGAUGAUCCAAGAACGGAGAUAUGGAUUAGUUUCGUGUUUGCUGUGUCGGUUGGGUGUGACGAAAAUUGGAAAUGAUUAGAUUUGGGGCCCUCUGUUGGCUUUCCUUGGUACUGCAGCGAAACUUCUGGUUCCUAUGAAUGUAUCUUGUGUUCUGGAUAUGCUAUUUUUUCUAUAUCAUGCUACAAUUUUUGGGUAGUAAAUAGCUCUUGUGCUCGGGAAGAAGUGACAUAAGUUUGGGUCUCCUAGCAAAGGCGUUUCUGCCAAACAUUUCCGAAUAGGGUAACCAAAGAAAGGAGUAAAGGAUUUUCACUUUUUUUUUGUAAUAAGGUAGCUUAGACAAAGAUGUACAAAAUGAAAUAAAAAUUAUGCAAAAUAGUAGGUAAUUUGUGUGAUCAACGGCAAAAUUCUAAUAUCAUUCUUUCAAUGUAUCGCUUGUCCCGAACAUGAUGUGUUUUUUACUUUUAGGUGACAGAUACAGUUUGACGUCAGGACGAAUUGGGGUAGGUUUGGUCCCCAUGACGUAUCAUGUCAGGACACCCCAAAUGCACAAAAAAGCACCAAGGCAACGGGAAGGUAAAGAAAGGGCAAUUGUCGACAAUUAUAACAAAAAUGAUAGAUCAAAUAUCAUUUUCUUUCCCAUGGGUGUUUUUUUGUGCAUUUGUGUUUUUCUGAUACAAAACGAGUAUAAUUUCAUCAAUUAGUAGUAUUUUCAGAAAAACACUGCUGUUUGGCAAAGUUUGAGCACAAUUUUUGACGUGAAUCUUUGCAUCAAUGUUUAUUACACAAUCUAUAAAGUUGUACAAAAGUUACAAAACCAGACAUUCUCAUGGACCACUUGAGUCUGUUGACAAGAAAAUUAAAAAAAUUACUGAUAAUAUUGUACCAGUUGCUGUAUUUUCAAAGGUAACAUGACGAAUCCAAAUGAUUGUGGGUCUCAGUAAGCCAUCUGGGGGGUGUAUUGUUGGAUGUGUAUACAGGAAUUCUGGGAAGGUAGACUGCUCCCCCUGUAGCCAAGCUAAAAUGUACACAUUUAUAAACAUGGUAUGCAAAGUUGAUUAGGAACAUCUAUAAUUCCAUUGUUUUCUGUUACUGGACUUCAAUACAUGUAACAUAUGUAAUUUAUGGCAGGUGAAACAUAGACACAUACCAAGCAUGCAAAUGAGGAACUGAGCAUAUUAAACGCAAGAAUUGCAAACAUGUUCAAUUGUGAAUAAGGAGAAGUUUAUACUUGUGAAAUGUGUGAGUUAAUGUUAAGUUAGUUGAAGUUGAACAUUACAAAGCAAGAGUCUAAUUAAUUGACAUAAAAUCUACAAGAACUCCAAAUAUUUCGUGGAGAUAUGAGGUUGUCAAACUUUUGUUUUAAAUAAUAUGCAUAGUAUUUGAGGAGAAAUGUUAGUAAUAUGGUACCACACUGCCAAUGAACAGACAGAAUUUGUCCCUUCGAUGUUUACUAUUUGUGACUUUGUAACUAAAUUGUCAAUUAUUUUUCUGUAUCCUUCACUUGUUUAAUUAUUUUCGCAAUCCAUCUGGGGCCAAUAUGUUGAUCAGUUAAAAUUUUAGUAUAUAGAUUUGCUCUAGCAUGACUAAAAUCGCGCCCCUAGCGGCCGGCCCUGCAAUUGCCGCCGCCCUAGGAGCUCGGGGGGUCAUUAACCCCAGCCAGCGAGAGAUUGUGUAAACACAGGCUAUGACUUGCUCAAUAUAAACAAAAUCCACAGUUCGCUGGAAAGAGUUGGCCAAAGGGACAGAUGUCAGAUGUUAGAGGAGUUACCCGUUCGCAUCAAGGGCUUCCUGAUGAUUCAGUGGAGAUGAAGGCAUUUUAUUACCUAAUCAACAUUUCUUUUAAAUGCUGUAAUACCGAUUAAUUACGUUCAUAGAUUUUCGUUGCCGCGAUAGUACAUUUGCGGGUUUCAUCAUUAUCCAUCAGAAAAAUCUAGUGGUGUAUUGUUUUGACUUUUUCCGUGUUACUUGUCAAUUGUUCCUGAACACUAUAACGUUAAGUUUGGUUUUGAAUCGAGUCCACUCAGACACAAUCAUCAGAUUUGAUACUAAGAGCCGUCUUGUCCCAAAUUCACUAUCAAUUUCCAUAUCUGUUGCCAUGAUUCGCCAUACCUUUGACAUGAAUGAAUGAGAUAAAAAAAGACGGUAAUUUUAAGAUGCGAAUGGCAGAGACUUUAUGAUAUCGGAGCGAACCUUAGAAUGUACCGACUGAUAACCGUUCUCCAAACGCUUUAAAAAUCCAACAGUUAGUUAUGAAUGGGUGAGCUCUAGGGGAACUGAUCUUCUGACAAGCCUCCAGGGGUGCAGUCAUCUUGAAAUCAACUCA